AGUUCAUUCUUUUAUACUGAGAAAGUGUGUGUCGCUCUUUCCCUUCUCUUCACUACACUCAGCCAUAUUGUUGUUGAUCACAUUGCAUUCAGCCGCACCGACAGCGGCAGGGAAGUUAAGACCGGAUAAAAGUUUACGGAUUACCUGCAAGUUCAACUUGGAUUAUAUUUACUUACCUGUUUUUAAAACGCUCCUAGGUGUAAGAGAAAGCGCUGCCUGCCUGCCUGCCUGCGUGCUCGGCUUCCCCCGCGGGUUACACACACUACAGUGCUGGGUUAAUGAAAAUGGUGGAUCGCUUGGCGAAUAGCGAAGCUAACUCCAAGCGCAUUGCGGUUGUGGAGGGCUGCUUCGGCACAGCUGGCCAACCACUGGCCAUCCCGGGCCGUGUGCUUAUCGGGGAGGGCGUGCUGACCAAGCUGUGCCGCAAAAAGCCCAAGGCCCGGCAGUUCUUCCUCUUCAAUGACAUUUUGGUGUACGGCAACAUCGUCAUCCAGAAGAAGAAGUACAACAAGCAGCACAUCAUCCCACUAGAGAGCGUUACUAUCGACACAGUGGCCGAUGAGGGUGAGCUGCGCAAUGGCUGGCUCAUCAAAACACCAACCAAGUCGUUUGCGGUGUACGCUGCCACAGCCACAGAGAAGUCUGAGUGGAUGAAUCACAUCAACAAGUGUGUGUCAGACCUGCUGGAGAAGAGCGGUAAAUCCCCCACAGGGGAGCACGCUGCUGUCUGGGUGCCCGACUCGGAGGCAUCAGUGUGCAUGCGGUGCCAAAAGGUAAAGUUCACGCCGGUCAGUAGACGCCACCACUGCAGAAAGUGUGGUUUUGUCGUGUGUGGCCCUUGCUCUGAGAAGAAGUUCCUGUUGCCCAGCCAAUCAUCCAAGCCUGUGCGUGUUUGCGAGUACUGCUAUGAGCAGCUCUCCACAGGGGCGACUCUGCCACAACGCUCGAACUCGUACAGCCGCACCAACAACAUCUCCGAGGAUGAGGAUGAAGACGAUAGCAGUGACUGAGAGGAGGGAACCUUUGCUUUUGUUAUUUUAGGAAUAUUAUCUUAAGUUACGGUCACAGUGUUGUGGUGUCGUGUUUUUCCUUCAAAGGGUUUGAAAUUAGCAAAUUCUGUGAAUGGUGAUUUUAUGUUUUUUUGGAACAACAUAAAGGGAAAUGGCCUGAAAUUUUUCCUUAGAAGCGUAGACACUAUAAGAUCGAUCGAUAGAUCGAUAAAUAGAUAGAUAGAUAGAUAGAUGGAUAGAUAAAAUGCGUCACAAGUGCUAAUUGCUUUUACAAAAAAUUACUUUCUCACUGAGCUCAUUUUGCAGGUUCCAUUUAACACAACUUUAGAGCAGAAUUCAUUUGAGCUAUCUCCAGCAGAAAGGUUGACCAAUCCUACCUGCUAACCGCAGCUAAUUUAGUUUGUACACAUCUAUAUAAUUUUCUAAUCAGUUUAGUGGUUAAUUUUCCCCAAAAUGUAAACAAAAAGUUAUUUUAAACCACAGUAACGCUGACCAGGAAACAACAAGGUGGGCUAAUGGACGGAUGCAUUUAUACCAGACACGUAACCACAUGUACAACCCUGUAUCCAAUACUCUCCCAAGUUAAUCACAGUGUUCUUUGUCCCAUGCGCUUCAAAUCUGACUCCACACUGGAGAGCAGAAAUGGCCCGGUGCUGUAACUUUUUUGUUCCAGUGCACACUUUUAAACGCUUAUGUAAAGACAGUAAGCUUUUUUGCUAAUUUCAAGCUUUAUGGACAGCUGAUUUUAUUGUCAUUUUCUUUCUCGUCUGAUUUCUUCCCAAUUCUUUCCAUUUUACCAAUGAACUGUAGACACAGCUUUUUCCACAGAGAGGAGUUUACUCAGCUGUUUUGGUGCUGAAGAAUGGGACAGCGGAAGAGAGAUAGAAAGAGAAAUUGAAAGAAAGAUGCAUAUUUUGAUAGGUUUAUAUGUAAAAGUUUCUCUUCCUGUUAGUUUAUGCUUUAUAAUAAUACUCUUUGCUAAUGACAAAUCAGAAGUGUUUCAGUUGUAGCAAGUUUUUAAAUGUAUAGAAUGUGGUGAUGUAGAUCGUAAUUCCCAAAAUAUAACCUGACAAAGGCCUUUAAUGCCACAGUGCCUUCUUAAAUAUUUUUGGUAGAAAUUAUUGAACCUAUAAAAGCCAUUUUUUGGCUUAUUAUAAAUGAUAGAUUUCCAACUUGAGAUUUGCCUUUAUAUUUAGAAACUUGAAAUGCAUAAAAUAAACACAGAUUUGCUUAACUAUAAAAAAAAAUAUAUAUAUAUAUAGUUUUUUAAAAAUAAAAAUAUAAUAAUAAUAAUAAUAAAUAAGAGAGUCUAGAUGUCCCCGUUCACAGUGCCGUCCUAAGAGUAUUUACCAGUAGAUCUUGUUGGCUCUGCACUGUAUUCCAGCACUUGACGCAGGCUUGGGCACUGAACGUCGCCAGGAGCUGAUGUCAUCCUUCAAUGUACACUUAUUAGAGUGAGGCUACACUUGAUACCUGUGUGGUCACACUCAUGUCUCAAACAAAAAUAGAGAUGCAGAGCAUUAUUAGGAAGUAACCUUCACAUGACCUUGGCUUGUUUUAUUUUUGAAUCACAUCUGACUACAUGCACUAAUACUUUGUAGUUAUAUAUGAGUAUAAUGUUUAAUUGUCUAAUAAAUGUCUAAUAUUGUAAGACUGUUAUGAUCUAGCUAUGCUAAUGUAUAAUUGAGAGCACGAGCUUCAGGUAGAAUUACAGUUGAACAUGUGAGAUUCAUUUGCUCUCGUUAGCUUUGUUAACUUUGUCUCUCAAUAACAUACUUUUCCUGAACUGAGAUAAAAAGGGAAAUUACGUGAUUUUUUUAAUAUAGGGUCAAGACUGCUCUAGAUCUUUACCUUGAUAUGCGAUGAGAAAAUGAAUCUCAAGUUGCAGGUAUGUUCCAUUGCAAUUAAUUUGUAUUGUGAUUUUACCUUUAAAUAACCACGGACCUGAGGAACUACUGUGUAAUGUCUGUCUAAUCUUAGCCUCUCAGUCCAAUUUAUUGUGUAGAUGUUUUGACAGUAAUGUUGAGCUCCAACUAUUCUGCAUUUGUGGGUCACCUGAUCAUCUCCGUAUAAGCUACCGGCACUGUACAGUGUGUUCGCGCUCGGCUGGGGUGGAGGAUCAGCACGCACACAGAAACAACAGUGCAGAAAAGUCCAUUAGUGUGACCAAUCUUUGACAAGAGGAGCUGAAACGCCUAAGAAUGCUUGCACUUGUUGGAUCCUGUACCAAAUGUCAGCGUAUUUGCUGUUGUGUGGACCGCAGGUCUGGCUUUCAACUGACACCAAAACCAGCACAUUGUCAUGUGGUCAGAAUUAUGAGAGUUGUCUGGCUCCUCGAUCUAAAACUCAAAAUUGCUCACAUAAAAAGGUGGUGAUGAAUUCAACAAGUGCAAAUGGCAAGGAAUCGCAAGAAAAUAAUGUUCCUUAUUUACCUGUUGUUGUUGUUUUUUUUUUUGUUUUUUUUUUUCCUUUAACUGACUGUCACUGAGAACUCUGAAAGGGCUCAAGGAUGAAUGUCAUCCACCUUGUAAUUAUUAGAUACUAAUUUUCAGGAACAGCAAAAAAAUAUAUAUAUUAAUUGU